AUGGCGGCUGAAGGCCAGGAGAUCCCAGAGGAGCUUAAGACGGAGCAGGCCGCCCCUGCUCCUGCUCAGUCAGAUGGCGCGGAUGAAGAGGAAGAGAUUGAAGCCAUGAAGCGUCGAGUGGCCGAGAUGGAAUCAGAGGCUGCUAAAUUGCGCGAGAUGCAGGCCGAGAUCGAUCAACAAACCGAGAGCCUUCAGGAGAACAAAGAAGAUAUUGAUGCACGUAGUAUCUUCGUCGGCAACGUCGAUUACGGUGCUUCGCCGGAGGAGAUCCAGGCUCACUUCCAGAGCUGUGGAUCUAUCAACCGGGUGACCAUCUUGCUGGACAAGUUCACUGGCCAACCCAAAGGUUAUGCCUAUGUGGAGUUUGCCGAGCCCAGCCUAGUUGCUCAGGCUCUGGUUCUGAACGAGAGUGUCUUCCGCGGUCGCAACCUGAAGGUCGUUCCCAAGCGCACUAACCUGCCUGGUAUGCACCGGGGCCGCGGCCGGGGUGGCUACCGCGGUCGUGGUCGUGGUGGCUUCCCUCCCCGUGGUAGCUAUCGCGGUGGUGCUGGUUACCGGGGCCGCGGACGUGGUUACUCGCCUUACUAG